GCCUAGGGGUCCUAACUGUCAGGAUGUACUUAAUGGGCACCUCCAGCCCAUCUCCCCUUCACUCUUUUUGCCAGCUACCACGGUACCAAGUUUUCUGGAAACAAUGGCCAGCGCUCAUCCCUGAGGUCAUCAUUCUUCAUACAUUGCUGGGUCUCCUCAUUUUCUACACAGUGUAUUACAUGACCGGGAGCAUUUGCUAUGGAGCGUUCAGGAUCAAUUCCUUUGGCAUGCUGAUCCCUUUUGGAUUUAAAACAGAGCCAUCUUUCUCAAAUUCCAGCUAUCUGGCAAAUGUACUUGCCAUGGAGAUCACCUUUUUCAUUAGUGGCCUCCUCUUUGCCCUGCUGUUGAGAUGGUGGAUCUGGGAUUACGCCAUCACCGUCACCUUGGCCCAUGUCCUGCUGACCUGUGCAGUGAUGAAAGAAUUUCCUCUGGUUUGGCAAUGGUGGUUGGCACUUGGUAAGUUUUUCUUUUUUUCGGCAAGGUCAGCAAAAACAAAAUCACUCUUAUUAAGAAGAGUGGCACGAUUACUGGAAUAUUCCACGUCAUCCCAAUUUGCAUCACUGGAAACUCACAGUCCAGGCUACUGGUACAGGAAGGACACUUGCGGGGCCUACCACUUCUCUUCAUUUUCUGGAGAGAGCCUGAAGUGUUUGUUGCAACCCCUCUGAUUUGGCCUCUUGAUGCCGCCAUGAAGCAAGCCAAAGAGCGAUCGCUUUGUGAUAAUUUGUUGUUGUUAGUCGAGAAGUCGUG